AUGCCCAUGAACCAAAAUCGUCCACGUGUCAUCGUAAAUGGAGUUCACCGAACACGAACCUACCAUUACUAUUGGUGUCGUGAAUGCCAACGCUCCCUCCGAACAACCACCACAAACCCCUCCGAGAUCCUCUGCCCACGUUGCCUCCGUCAGAUAAGGCUCGAGCUUGAUGUCUCCAGGCCCGGCCCACUCUUGGCCCGCCCGCAACCUCCCCCUGUACUAGACUCCCUAGCACAAGCCCUGGACCCCAACCCCAAUCAGCCAAAUCCCAGCCCACGCCCAGCUAACCGGGCCUGGAUCUUGCUCCAAUUUAUAGGCCCAGAGGGUAGUGGCAACAAUAUUCAGCCAUUUGGGCCUGUUGAUCCCAAUCAACAGCUUAUCCAAGAACAAACUCAGAACAAUAGGCCCGGCCCAAUUCCUGCUCCUGAUACAGCUAUUCGGGCCCUGCCUCUGGUGGAGCUGACGGAAGAGCACCUGAAAAACGACACGUGUUGCCCGGUUUGUAAGGAUGAAUUUGCAAUUGGGGUUAAAGUCAGGGAGCUCGAGUGCAAACAUUUUUAUCACUCAGAGUGUAUCGUGCCAUGGCUGCGAAUCAACAACACGUGCCCUGUUUGUCGACACGAAGUAGGAGGGAUUUUACCGAGCAACAACGAAAACAAUAAUAAUGAUAAUAAUAAUAAUUUUGGAGAUUAUUACAAUUACGUUUUUGAGGAUUUUCAUUAUGGAGAUCAGCAAGAGGGAAGCUGGAGUUAUUAUUCGGAACAAAAUUGGAGCUGGACAGAGGUUUUUUCUCUGAGGCCUUUCAAUUUGGUGCUCAGUUUUGCUCAGCUAUGUAUUGAUUUUCUUGAUGGAAGAGUUAGUAAUGUUUCUCGUGGAGGUUUGUAUUUUGGUGGGACGUUGUGUGCUGCUUAUAGGGAUUUAGCCAUUGAGGCUACUAAGGGCAAUCUGUUAUGA